UCGCUUCGACGUAAAAGGAUCCUCCUCCCGUCCCUCGUUCCUCCCCGCGUCUUCUUCUCAGAUCCCGAUCUUCCUCUCGCGCGUUCUCGCCGUCGCCUCCCAUGUCGAGGCCGCCGCCGCCGUUCGCCCCACAAAACCCUACCCCCGGCCCCAAUCCCGCCGGCCCUGCCUCCUCUCUCCCGGCUUCCUUCUCCAACCUUCAGAUCUCCCGCGCACCCCCACCCUUCGCCUCGGGCGGGCCGCCGCCGGGGAACGGCCCCGCGCCCUCGUCGAUCCGAGGUCCGCAGGCGCCGCCACCGGGCGCGCGCCCGUUCCCUGGCAGCCCACCGCCUCCGUCGCAGCCGGCCCCGCCCUUAGCCCGGCCCGCGGCGUCGGUCCAGCAGUCUCCUCCCUUUGGCGGUCCACCUGCCGCGCAGCCGCAGCAGAUGCCUCCCUUCAAUGGUUCGCCGUUCGGGCCGCCGGCACAGGUGCAGCGAGCGCCGUUUGGAGGCCCGCCGGGAGCAUCCCAGCCUCCCCCGUUCAGUGGACCACCUGCGGCUUUGUCGCAGCAUCCCCCUUUCGGCGGCUCUCCUGCAGCACCAACUCAACCGGGUCCGUUGGGUGGACCCCCGUAUUCAGCAGCUCAGCCACCGCCUUUUGGCGGGCUGCCUGGGGCAAUGGCUCAACGGCCGUUCUCUGGUGGGUCGAUGCCGCCGUUUGGGGGUCAGCAGCCUCCGUCGCAGCAAGGGCCUUAUGGUGGGCCGCCGCAGUUUGGGGGACAGAGACCAGGAUCGCAGCCUCCACCAUUUGGUGCUCAGGUUGCACCUCCAUCUCAGCCACCACCAUUCAUGGGGCCUCCAGGGCUUAAUGCACCAGCAUUUGGGCCUCCAGGGUGGCAGGGGCAGGCACGACCAGGAAUUGUGCCUGGUGGUAUGCAGCCACCCAUGAGAAUGCCUGGCAUGCCUGGUAACAUGCUGCCUAGUGCACUAGGCCAAGGGAUGCCAUCCACACCUACCAUGCCGUACUCUCCCCAUGCUGGAGCCCAGGUCUCUACCCCGUCCAAAAUUGAUCCUAAUCAAAUUCCGCGUCCUAUUACUGAGACAUCAGUCACCAUUUUUGAGACCCGGCAAGGUGGCCAAGCAGCUGUUCCACCGGCUGCAUCAAGUGAAUUUAUUGUGAAGGACACUGGCAACUGCAGUCCUCGUUUGAUGAGGUGCACCAUGAAUCAGAUACCAUGUACUGGUGAUCUCUUGACAACAUCAGGAAUGCCAUUGGCUUUGAUGGUGCAACCUUUUGCUCUUCCUCAUCCCUCUGAGGAGCCUAUCCAGCUUGUGGACUUUGGAGAGAUGGGCCCUGUUAGGUGUUCUCGCUGCAAAGCAUACAUAAAUCCUUUUAUGAGAUUUGUUGACCAAGGGAAAUUUUUCAUCUGCAACUUAUGUGGAUUUAGCAAUGAUACUCCAAGGGAGUACUUGUGCAACUUAGGGCCUGAUGGUAGGCGACGUGAUGCUGAUGAGAGGCCUGAGUUAUGUAGAGGAACAGUCGAAUUCGUUGCCAGCAAGGAAUUUCUGGUUCGGGAACCAAUGCCUGCUGUGUAUUUCUUCCUUAUUGAUGUCUCCAUGAAUGCUGUACAUACUGGCGCAACUGCUGCGGCUUGCAGUGCAAUAUCCCAGGCUCUUUCGGACCUUCCUGAAGGUCCUCGAACAAUGGUUGGAAUUGCGACAUUUGAUUCUACUAUUCACUUCUAUAGUCUGAAACGUUCUCAGCAACAGCCUUUGAUGCUUAUUGUUCCUGACAUCCAAGAUGUGUAUACUCCACUGCAGACGGACUUAAUUCUCCCACUUUCUGAGUGUCGUGAGAGUUUGGAGCAACUACUGGAGAGCAUCCCGAACAUGUUCGAAAACAAUAGGGUUGCUGAUUCUGCAUUUGGGGCAGCCAUGAAGGCAGGUUUCCUAGCUAUGAAGUCCACUGGUGGAAAGUUACUUGUGUUUCAGUCAGUGCUACCAUCAGUUGGGACUGGGUCAUUAUCUGCAAGGGAAGCUGAAGGUAGAUCAAAUAUUUCCACUGGAGAUAAGGAAGCACAUAAGCUUCUACAGCCUGUUGAUAAGACACUCAAGACAAUGGCACUAGAAUUUGCCGAGUAUCAAGUCUGUGUAGAUGUGUUCAUUACCACACAGUCAUACGUGGAUAUUGCUUCGAUAUCAGUUGUUCCCAGUACGACUGGUGGCCGGGUUUACUGUUAUUUUCCAUUUUCUGCUCUUUCUGAUCCAGCCAAACUCUUCAACGACCUCAGAUGGAAUAUCAGUAGACCCCAGGGAUUUGAGGCUGUCAUGCGUGUUAGGUGCAGCCAGGGGCUUCAAGUUCAAGACUAUUCUGGCAACUUCUGCAAGCGUGUUCCUACUGAUAUUGAUCUGCCUGCGAUUGACUCUGACAAAACCAUAAUGGUUACAUUUAAACAUGAUGACAAAUUUCAGGAGAAUUCAGAAUGUGCUUUCCAGUGCGCACUUCUUUACACCACAGUAUACGGGCAAAGAAGGAUACGGGUUAUUAACAUCUCGCUUACAUGCACAAGUAUGCUUAGCAACCUUUUCCGAUAUGCUGAUCUGGAAACACAGUUUACAUACCUUGUUAAGCAAGCUGCAAGUGGCAUUCCAUCAAGUCCUCUAUCCCAAGUCAGGGACCAAGUAACAAGUACAUGUAUCAAUAUACUCCAGUCCUACCGAAAGUAUUGUGCAUCUGUAAGUUCUUCGGGGCAGCUAAUUCUUCCGGAGGCUCUAAAACUCUUGCCUUUGUAUACUCUGGCCUUGAUUAAAAGCAUAGGACUGCGGAAUGAUGGGAGAGUAGAUGAUCGGUCCUACUGGGUCUCUAUUGUCUCUUCAAUUUCUGUGUUAUUAGCUGUUCCAUUGGUGUUCCCUAGGAUGAUUUCCCUCCAUGAUCUUACAUCAAGGGAUGAUGAAGACACCCUUAUUCCUAAUCCCCUUACUCUCAAUAGUGAGAAUAUACAUGAUGAUGGAAUUUAUUUAUUGGAAAAUGGAGAAGAUGGAUUUAUUUAUGUUGGAAAUGCGGUGAACCCUGUCACCCUCGAGCAAAUAUUUGGUGUGUCUUCUUUGGCAGGAGUACCAACUCAGUUGGCAUUGGAGCAAUUUGAUAAUGAACUCUCGAAGAAAGUAAACGAAGUUUUGAAUGAAAUAAGGCGGCAGAGAUGCUCUUACUUGAGAUUGAGACUAUGCCAAAAGGGCGACCAAUCUGGAGAUUUCUUCCGUUCAUUAUUGGUCGAGGACAAGGCACCCGGUGGCCUUUCCUACGUGGAGUUCCUUGUACAUGUUCACAGGCAAAUCCAGAGCAAGAUGACCUGAUCGAUGCGACCCGCCUGAUUGUUGUAAUAUUUUGGUUGGUAGGAAUCAAGAAGCUGAUUUCUACAUGAGGAUACAUCAAAAGGAAUGAGUUAGUUUCUCUCUGAAGCACAACCUCAUUGGCGCGGAGAGAGUUGUCGCAGAUUUGCUCGGAUUCUGCUGUCUUUUCCUUUACAGGAUCGGUUUUGGUGUAGGCGAUAUAUGUUUGUGUACAGAGAUGAGUCUGGUGAGGGUAAUAUUGAUAUCUUAGAUUGUGGAACUAUUUAUAUUCUCUAUGUGAACAGCGGCUGUAUUAUGUUAAAAAAGGAAAGCUUAUAUAGAAGUUCAGCACUAUGUCUUCUCCUGAUGGAUGUUUAAAUAUGUCACACAGGGAAGCUUAUAUAGAAGUUCAGCACAAUCAUGCA